GCAUUGUUCUGGUGGUUUCUAUCAGCAACUACAACUGCAAUGUCUAGUGCUUCGUGUAUUUUCUGUAAGAUUAUCAAGGGAGAAAUCCCUUCAUUGAGAUUGAUCGAAACAAAGUAUACAUAUUCCUUUUUGGAUAUCCAGCCUACUGCUGAUUAUCAUUGUUUGGUAAUUCCCAAGUUUCAUGGGGCCAAAUUACACAAUGUGCCAGACGAAUACUUGGCUGACAUUUUACCGGUGGUCAAGAAGUUAACCACAGUGUUGGGCUUGGAUACCAAUAACACUCCCGAUGGUGAAGGAUACAACAUUUUGCAAAAUAACGGGAGAAUUGCUCAUCAGGUGGUGGAUCACGUCCACUUCCACUUGAUUCCCAAGACCUCUGAUUCGACAGGUUUGGGAGUCGGAUGGCCUGCUCAGGAAACAGACUUUGACAAAUUGAACAAGUUGCAUGCCGAAUUGAAGGAGAAAUUGGCAAAGUACGACAAGUUGUGAAGAAUGAUGGUUUGCAGCUGACCACAAUAUUUAGUACCCAUCAACAUGAAUACAUAAACUCUGAAAUCAUAAGAUUCCUCCAGCAAAUCCACCUACCCAGCCCACGAGAUAACUUGUGAAAAAUGUUAACGUCAGUGCACCAAAAGGGAAGUAGCUGAUGCUGUAGUACAAAAUAGCAAAUAGUUCAAUAAUAGCAGUGAUAAUCGCCAAUAUUGUACUCUUCAAGAUCACCGAUGAAUACAAGGUGGCUAACACAGAGCCAAAAAACACGCUGGUGAACACGAUACGCCCCGGUGACAACAAGUGUAACGUGUACUUUUUAGGCCCCUGAAGGAUUCCAAAUGAUAACACAAACAAAACCGAUCCUAGUGACCAUAAUACUCCGAAUUUUCUGGGCUUCAACGCCAAAACUGGAAACAUAAAGAAGCUUAUGGCAAAACAAAGGAAUGAACCAGCAAGGCACAUGACGAAACCGAUGAUUUUUUCCACGUUGGAUAGUUUGAACCAUGAAGGCUCCUGAACUUGAUUCUCAUUGCGAUAGGAUGGCAAUGAAGAGUACAAGUCAUUAGCACCAUUUUUGAUGUAAUCGGUCCAUUCCGAAAACUGGGGUACUGCAGUACGUGACGUAGCAGUUGUGGAACCCGAGCCACCACGACUGUUCCAACUGUUGAGCUGUUGUCUGAAUGCACUUUCAGGUUCAGCCAUUAUU